UCUCCUUUGUGGCUAGAUUAUACUGUGAAAUGAGGCAGUGGGGUUUGAUUUGAAUUCCAUAAGGCUGGUCAUGGAUCAGAGCAGUUGUAGUUGAAGACAAGGUGAGAGCAACUCUUAUCUCUGAGCUGCGAGAGACUUUUGGCUGAUAACCUAAUUUAGCAGAGGGUCCAGCCACUGUAGCCACCUCAAGGAACACAAACAACUGGAGGAGUCCAGCCUGACUGGACAUAAUUCUCUUUUUCCAAGCUAGAGAAAAACAUUUUGGCCUUGACCGCUGUCAUCUGACCAUGCUGAACUGCUUUGCUUCUCCAUUUUUAUAAGGAGGUAUGUUUUUAUUAGAGCUAGCCCAACCUGUCUUUCUUAGACUGAUCUGGCUGUUUUAGCUCUUUCUAAUUUCUGCUUACAUUACAGCAGAAAGUCAAACCUAUUAGGCGAUCACUGCUUGUUUUGGGUCAGAUGGACAGACGCAGCAGUCUGGAGUCACUGGAGGAGCAACUGCGUUGCCCUGUGUGUCUGGAGGUUUUCUCUGAGCCUCUCAUGCUGCAGUGUGGUCACUCAUAUUGCCGUGGCUGUGUCCGCUCUAUCGGCAUGGACCCUCUGGGCCAGCUCCAGUGUCCAGUGUGCCGCUGUGCAGUGGAUGGGGACAGUCCUCCCCCCAACGUGGCGCUGGCACGCAUUGUGGAUGCCCUACGGGAGAUCAGUGACCCAGGCCAGGGCCCUCCUGAGACCUGCAGCCAGCACCAUAACCCCCUGAGCCUGUACUGCGAGGAGGACCAGGCGCUCAUCUGCGGUCUGUGCGGCAGCAUUGGAGGACACCGCUCCCACAAAGUCACCCCAAUCAGCAGCGUCUACAGCCGCAUGAAGGAGGACAUUUCAGGUCUGAUGACCGAGUUUCAGACUCAGAAGAGGAAGCUGGAAGAGCAGACUUGUAAAAUGGCGUACAACAAGUCUCGCAUUACUAAUGAGUCAGACGUGUUGAAGUGGGUGGUACGGAAGGAGUUUGGUGAGUUGCGGCGCUGUCUGGAACUGGAGGAGGCCCGCUUCAUGCAGAAGGUGGAGAGCACCGCCUCCACUCUCAUCUCCUCCAUCCAGGCCCAGGCUGACCACAUGAGCCAAUUACUGGCCAAGUUCCAGGAAGCCGAAGGCACACUAGAAGCCCUGAGCAACGAAGGCCAUCUGGACUUUAUCACUAAAUAUGGAUCCAUUGCUCCAAGGUUUAGAGAGAGCCAGCAGAGGGAACAGAGGAAGGAGAGGACCUACAGCUCUAUCAGCUUCAACCCAGGCUUCAAUCACAGUGACAUCAAAAUCGCUGUAUGGAAGCGAUUACACAGGAGAGUUCUACCAGCCCCUGAGUGUCUGAAGUUCGACCCUCUCACAGCUCAUCCCAUGCUGCAACUCAACGAGGACCUCACAAGUGUGGAGUGUGGUGUCAUCGUCAACCGACUGCCCAAUAAUCCAGAGAGGUUCAGCUACAGCUACUGUGUGCUGGCCAGCCGCGGCUUCUCUUCAGGCAAGCAUUACUGGGAGGUCCGGGUGGGGGAAAAGCCAAAGUGGCGGCUCGGCCUAAUCAAAGGUACCACAUCCCGCAAGAGCAAGCUGCCCAAGAGCCCCGAGGGUGGAGUGUGGCUGAUUGGGUUGAAGGAGGGCAGGCUGUACGAGGCUUUCGCUAGCCCACGGGUCUGUCUGCCUCUCACAACCCAGCCCCGGCGCCUGGGCAUCUUCCUGGACUAUGAGAGAGGAGAGGUGACGUUCUACAAUGCGGACAGUCCGGACGAGCUGGGUUUUAUCUAUUCCUAUCAGGCUGAGCUGCAGGGCAAAGUGUACCCACUGUUUGACGUAUGCUGGCAUGAGCGCAGUGCCAACAAGCUGCCAAUCUCCCUGCCCCAGCCACUUCCUGACGUGUGACCUAACUCCAGUCAGCUUGUAAAAUCUCCAGCAACCUUCAAAAAUAGAUGCUUCAAGAUGCUUUUCUUCCGUCAAUCGUUUUUACAGCUGUCUUAUAUGUGCCUUAUAUGUGACUUGCAUUAUUUGCUAUUGUGAUUGUCUUGUCUUUAUUGUAUAAUUCUAGAUGAGUUCUACUUUGCAAGACUCUUGCUGUGCCUUGUAGCCUUUUGUCUUGCACUGGAGGAUCCUCUUUAACUAUCUUCAUUCUUCCUGAAAUGGAAACAUAGUCGUCUGCCACAUGAAUAAUUUUAAUGUAAAUGCCUAAGCAGAGAUGGGGAAAGAAGGAGAGCAGUGAUGAACAUGCAAACCCUUCAUGAGCUUUCUUUCAGCCCUCUUCCACUCUACCAGAUUCAGACUGGCCUUCACCCAGUUUGGCUCAAGAACUGUUUUAUAGCUUCUUUUUUUGAUUUACACUUCCAGUGUAUGUAAAUUUAAUUAUCAUCAGUUUAUCAGUGUAGCACAUCAAAACACGCUGACUGGUCAGACUAAAUACUUGGUCAAAUGAAUCUCAGGGCUGGGUAUAUUUUGAUACUGUUACCAAUAUUGAUACCUUGACUCUGAUACUGAUUCCUGAAUGAUACUUUUUUCAGUCACUUUCAUAAAUUACUAACCAAAUCCGGGAGUGGCUUAAACCAGAAAUGAGUGUGAGAUGCUACAAUUGGGUAUAUCUACUGAACUCAAUGGAUUGCCAACUAACUAAGAAGUGCUGAGGUAAAUGACGUGUAUAUGCAAGGUAGACAGCUGAUCAACAAUCUAGAUUUCAAAACAAGCAUGUUUACUGGCUCACAGAUGCUGAUAAGACUGAAUAUUUAGGCACUGAAAUUUAGUGUUGAAGCACAUGGAAAUUUUUGAUACUAGGUAGUAUUGAAGAAGUUCAAUCAGUACCAUAAAAGUUCAAAAUUUCAGUAGCCAGCCCUGAGUCCAAAUGAGAAUUACAGAGCAAUAAAGUGUCAAGCACAAAGUGGAUAAAUGUGUGUUGCAUUCUAAAAACCACAGUUUUGAAGCCUGUUGACACCAGUAUUUUGUAUAUUUACAGCACAAGCAGGUCUCCUUAAGAUUAGUUGACAGCUUGACACAAGCUCGAGGCAAGUGUGUGAUGAUUUAAGCGUCAAGCUUGCACAAUGCUAAUUGCUGGGCUGUACACUUCCGCUACUUGUUAUCUACAUUAGCCUUUUGUCUCCGUUGCAAAACUAAAAAAAACACACUUUGGUCAUCAAACAUAUAAUUGCUGAUUCACUAAAUUUGAGUUGAGGGGGAAAUUGUAUAAAUCUGAUUUAACAACAGAAUUGUGACUCUGUCAGUGCAUUUGGCAUGAAACCAAAAGAGUUUGCUGGAGCUAUUUUAUCUACAUUUUAAGCUGUAAUUGAUUGAUUUAUACAGUGGUUGUUUGUUGAUAUAAUAAACAAAAGAAAUCAAACAUUCAUGUAACAGCCACUGAUGAAGCGGAUGGGAUGAGCCAUACAUGGACGUAUCCUCAGUGCUAAAUAUUUAUAAACAACAGCACCUCAAAAAUGUUCUGUUGAUACAGAUAAAAGAAGGUCGCAGAGUAUGCUGGUUAAUUUAGACUGAAGUCUAGCUAAGACAUUUGAAUUAUUGUUGUAAUUUGUUAUUAUGUGAUUUUGUCUCCUUUCAUUGCA